UGCUUCAAUCACCAAAUCGUAAGAAGACUACCAAACCAGAUCAAAGGUAGACAUCGAAGUAAGCCUUGACGGCCGGGCAAGGCCUACACUGUGGAGCGCGGAAUGCUUGCACAUCCGCCUGUCCGUCAUUCCGCUUUGUCCUGCUCUGUCCGCUCUCUCGCGUCUUCUCGUCUUGACCUCCUAUCCUCACGUCUGUUUCCCCAUCUCAAUCAGUCAUGACCGCCUCCCACGCUCUUCGCAGAUACCAGUCUACCGACGAUACCAAGCCCUCGUGGGCUCUAGUCACGGGCGCGACGAACGGCAUGGGCUACGAGUGGGCCUCCCAGCUGGCCGCGCUAGGUUUCAAUGUCCUAAUCCAUGGGCGCGACCAGGCUAAGCUGGACAAAGUCAAGGCGGACCUCACUGGCGCAUCAGCCUCGUCCUCACGCCCGAUUGAAGUUCGCACAUUGGUAGCGGACGCCGGGUCAGUACCACCUCAGCUUGGCCAGAUCGCCGAAGCCAUCGAUGACCCCUCCCUCUCGCUGCGCGUCGUGGUAAACAACAUCGGCAUCACGAAUCAAGACUAUCCAUUGCUCGAGGAGGUCAGCGAUGAGGAUGCGUGUGCGAUGGUUGCGCUCAACACCAUGUUCCCCACUCUGGUUGCGAAGCGAGCCUUGCCCAAGAUGAAGGCCGCAGGGGGACCGGCGCUGCUCAUUAAUGUUGCCAGUCUCGGGGCGUGGGCGCCGAGCCCUUACCUCUCCGUUUACAGUGGCACAAAAGCCUACAAUCUCCACUUCUCCCGCUCCCUCUACAAUGAGCAACAUAGCUCCCCCUCCCCCUCUCAAGUAGACGUCGUCUGCAUGGUCCCUGGUACGGUCAUCAGCGGUAUGAAUGACGGCCCACCGACAAGCAUGAUGCCCACCUCACACGAUUGGGUCAAGUCUGCCAUCGCCUCCCUUGCGCCGGGCUGGAUGAGCUCGAGGCCUGGACCGGUCAUCGUGCCGUGGGGUGCGCAUGCCAGGGGAUUGAAAUUCCUCAAUGCGAUGCCUAUGGGGCUUGGCGACAGGAUUACGAGGAAUUUUGUCGUAAAGGAGAGAAAUAAGAAGAGGGCAAGUGGAGCGUAGGUGGGGCCAGAUCGGACCGUGAUCGGGACAGCUGGACGUGUUGCGA